GGGUGUCCUGGCCAGCCGUCCCAGUGUCAUCCCCGCCGCUCUUGCUGCAGGGCCUCACUGUCGCCCCACCUGGUGCCACCUUCUGAGCGGCACCCCGGCUACCUACCAGUGCCAUCUCAGCGUUGUAUUACCCGGCGUGUGGCUGCUUUCGUGAGAUAUUGUCAAGACAUCGUCGAGUCGAAAGUAGAACGAGGAAACAAGACCUUUAAAAACUAAGACACAAGUUAUGCAGUCUCUCAUAACUUGUGUGUAUGUCAGGAUUAACACCUGAACAUCGUUGUUAUUUGUAUUAUUAGUUUAUAUUUCCUAAGUGGUAAAGAGUUGUUAGAUACUUAGAUCUGGCGACAGUGAUCACAGUAACAGUUGUCUCUCGUGUGAAGCGUUACGAGUAUCAGUUUCUAGAAAGUGGCUCGAUAUCACGACCUCUUCCUCCCUGAACCUCGUCGUACCUGAUGCUCCUGUACUGUAGAUAAACCUGACGUGAUGAUUCGGGUUGUGACUGGUCACGCCGCCUUCACUCUGACUUAUUUACACCGUAUGUGGGGCAUACAGUGGAAGAGAGGCAUGUUCGGCAUCGUCUAGCCUCGUCCCAGCAGGUGUUACUGGAGAGGAACUGGUCGCAUUGUGGCUCUCUUAAGGUAGAGUCUCCCGGUGUGUGUGUUUGUAUCAAGCGUGACCCCCAAGACAUGUGUGUUGUGAACCCGUCGCCUCCCUGUAAGUGUACACAAAUACAGUAGUGAUUUGCACUAAACAUGUUAUUAGAAAGAAAAUAUGUUGACGAUAGUAACUGACAGAGUUGUCAUCCUCAGCCCUGUAAAAAAGAUAAUCAUCCAGGAUUGGCUACUUCUGUCAGGGUAUUAGUGUUCCCGACGUGAGAGGAUAAUCAAGGUGUUGAAGUUAUAACUCAGGAGGAGGGAUACGCGGUCGUCCGCGGCACCCUAGCCGAUCACCCAUUGUAAGGCGACGUCGGUGUUAAUGGCACAGAAAACACUACAGAAGUGAGCAAGAAUUAGCUGUUCACAAACAAGGAUAGUGAGUGUAGCAAAUGAUAGAGGUGGCACUAAAUGUUUCAAGGGGUGGGAAGGUCUAGUGCCACUCAGGAGUCACUGUGUGUAAAGUGCCGCUCGCUCUCCCCGCCACCCACGCCUGCCACGCGCGCCGCCUGAACAAUCCUCUUAACUUUACCUCUCACCGUUUCUUUCACGGAAAUAACAAAAUUGUUAGAGGAUUGUCAUAAAGACUGUGGACAUUUAUAGCGAGUAUAGUCGUGAAGAGUGAACUAGUGACCUCGUCGUAACGCAAAGAAAAUCUCAGGUCUUGAAAAAGAAUUCUAAGCGAAUUUCUUCAGGACAGUAGAUUGUGCAGCAACGUGAUGGUGAUGAGGUGACAGCAUGAGCUAUCGUCGGGAUAUACCGGAGUGUGUGCGUGUCUCUGACUGCUCACCGCCUCACUAAGCGGCGCCCCAUUGUUCUAGUAGAGUUUUGGUGACCACGACGGUAGUCACCUGUCCUCUGCCAAGCCUUUACGUUCUUGUCGCUCCCGGCAUCCAGUUACCGUAGUGAACACACCGCUGCUAGCAAACGUGGCGAGUGUGGUCAAGCGUGGUGGUGAUGGGCGGGACGAGGUGAUGGUGAUGACCACGAACAUACCUGUCGUGGAGGGGGCCGCCACCCCCUCCGUAUCACCUCCCGCCUCCCUCACCGCUUCUUCUACCGAUCCACUGAGCGAAGAGGCGCUCACAGACGAGUCUCUCAGAGAGGCGCUGUUCACCAACUAUGAAAACCUUCAAGACACACUGGCUGAAGCGCCGCUGCUGAAGGGCUGCGAAGACGAGCCCUCAAUGAUCGGUUCCCAUGGCCUCCCCUUACUUAACCUCUCGCCCUCUGCCUCCCUGGCCGCCAGUCCCGGCUCACCCCCACCUUCACUGGAGGCGUCGCUGCUCCCUACGCCUCCCACCAGCCCCGUCAGUAUUCAUAUUUUUGAUUCCGACGAAGAGUCGCCAUGCGGAGACAUCACGAUGCCCCUCAAGUUCGACAGCAGCGAAUUUACCUGGAGACGGUCAGUGGAGGAGUCCGAGUCCCGGCUGACGCCUCCACGGGUCAUCCCAACCAUCGACUACCUGCAGGUGCCGCCUCACCACCGCGCUAAGCUCAGGAAAGGCAGGCGACUCUCCUUCAGCAAGGCCUCUGACUAUGCUUUGCCUUCUACAUUGUCACUGUCACGGCGUUCCUCGGCGAUACCCACAGUACCGGAGGUCCCCGUCAUCACCCCGGAGCCAACCAGUGAGUUGUCGGAAGAUGACCUGGUCAAGGAACCCUUACAGGUCAACGGGGGUGUCCAGCAGGUCCCCACUGGCCCUCUGGAGGAGACUGUGAAUAACCUGAGCGCCGCCAACUGUGUCAUAAAGAUCCCCAAGAAACACAGGAAGCCGUCCCUCUCCCAGAUUGACAUUCCCUGUUACCACCGCCGGCCCUCUGGUCAGGCUCUAGACGUCAACUUCGACUACACCUUCACCGUGAUGUAUGGUCGGUACACGAAGGAUCUAAGUAAAUACGCGAAACAAGAAGCGAAAAAGUUGAAGAAGGCUGGGGAGAAGUCAUUUGACAUCAACGCUACAGGUCUACGGCCGUACCGCGGGAAGGUAGCCACUAAGUGCUUACGGGUGCUAGGGACGGUGUGGCAGGCGACGUUCGCCAGGGUGGGCGAAGAUUGGGUCUUCUUGGCGGUGCUGGGCGUCGUCAUGGCCAUCAUAUCCUUCAUCAUGGACUACGGCAUUGCCAUGUGCAACAAAGCGAGGAUCUGGCUGUACCGGGACCUGGCGAGUCACACGGCGUUACAGUACCUGGCUUGGGUCUCGCUCCCGAUCUGCCUCAUCCUGUUCUCUGCCGGGUUCGUCCACAUCCUGGCGCCACAAGCAGUCGGGUCUGGGAUCCCCGAGAUGAAGACGAUCCUCAGGGGCGUCGUGCUGAAGGAAUACCUCACCUUUAAGACGCUUAUAGCUAAAGUGAUAGGUCUCACCGCCACGCUGGGGUCUGGUCUACCCCUGGGCAAAGAGGGACCGUUCGUGCACAUAGCGAGUAUCGUGGCCACUCUGCUGUCCAAGGCCGUGACGUCCUUCAAGGGGAUUUACGAGAACGAGUCCCGCAACUCAGAGAUGUUAGCGGCGGCGUGUGCUGUGGGCGUUGCCUGCUCCUUCGCCGCGCCUAUUGGUGGAGUGUUAUUCAGCAUCGAGGUCACCAGCGUGUACUUCGCCGUCAGAAACUACUGGCGGGGGUUCUUCGCAGCCGUAUGUGGCGCUAUGGUGUUCAGACUGCUGGCGGUUUGGUUCAACGACGAAGCCACGCUGACUCCGCUCUUCACGACCUCCUUUAAAGUGGACAUUCCAUUCGACCCUCAGGAGCUGUUUGUCUUCGCUCUCCUCGGGGUAAUGUGCGGGUUCCUGGGUGCACUGUUUGUAUGGGUGCAUCGACAGUAUGUCAUCUUCAUGCGAAGGAACAAGAAAAUGAAAGCCUUUCUUCAAAAAAGUCGCCUGUUGUACCCUCUCUUCGUCACCAUAAUUUACGGGUCCCUGUCCUUCCCCCUCGGCCUUGGACAGUUCUGGGGCACUGACCUCAGCAACCAUCAACAGGUGGUGGAGUUGUUCAGUAAUGUCACCUGGACCAAAGAGGAACACACUGUUCAUGAAUUUGAACUGGUGGAAAACUGGCGGACACCAUGGACAGGGAUCUUCAUCAACCUUCUUUUAUACAUAACAUUCACAUUUUGUGGCAGUGUGGUCGCCAGCACUCUCCCAGUACCAUCGGGUAUUUUCAUACCAGUGUUUAAGAUCGGGGCAGCUUUGGGCAGAAUUGUGGGCGAGACAAUGGCGUCCACUUUCCCAAAUGGCCUGCGCUAUGGUGGUCACAAUCAUAUUAUUAUUCCAGGUGGCUACUCCAUAGUGGGUGCAGCAGCUCUGGCCGGUGCCGUCACUCACACCAUCUCCACCUCUGUCAUUGUCUUUGAACUCACUGGCCAGAUCACUCACAUUCUCCCUGUUAUGAUUGCUGUCCUUAUUGCAAAUGGCAUUGCACAACUCCUUCAACCAUCCGUGUAUGAUUCAAUCAUCCAGAUUAAGAAACUGCCAUAUCUUCCUGAUAUUCUAACAGCAACUUCUGGUGCCUAUAAUAUUUAUGUAGAAGAUUUUAUGGUUCGAGAUGUGAAAUACAUUUGGUAUGGCAUCACCUAUCGGCAGCUCAAGAAUAUUCUCAAAGAACAUAGGAAAAUAAGAUCAUUACCCCUUGUUGACUCUCCAGACUCCAUGAUCCUUCUGGGAUCAAUACAGAGAACGGAACUCAUAUCAAUGCUUGAAGAACAUCUCGGGAAAGAUCGACGACUCAAAGUCAUUAACAAAUGGAAAUUUGCUGCCCAGAAACUACCGAUGGUCCGGAGACGCAAUACAUUCUGUGGAGCUCUUGAAGCUGAACAGGCAGCAGAAGAAAAAGAGGAUGAAAGGAAUAAGACAAAACAGAGGCUCCGUGACAUUGCAGACGCGAGAAAGCAGAAAUCCUCUACAGUGCCUUCAGCUGGCUUGGCAUUGGUGGCUGGCAUUGGUGGAGCAAUGACUGCAGCUACUGGCGUUGGUUUAAGCUUCAAAGGUGAAAAAGAUUUGCUGUUAGUGCCACCAAGAAUCCCCAGAACAGCCCCUACUUUACCCACCUUCAACGAGCCCGCUCCCACCACCAGCUCCACCGCCACCGUCUUGUCCACCUCGAGCAUUAUCACUCCACUUGUCACCAUCACCACAGACCCAGCAGAUACGAUGGAGAGCGAAGUGAAUCAGGAACGAAGACCCUCAAGAUUUGAAGUUACAAAGGUUGAAACUCCAUCCAAACAGAACGAGUCAUCUGUCACCUUACAGAUAGACCCAGUUGAGAUCCCAGCAGCAUCAGAAUCUGCACUGGACAAAGAACAGAUAAGUCUAAGAAGCACCCUGCCACGAAAAUCUAUUUUGAAGAAGACCAAUAGUUUUAUUCUUCAUCCAGCCACAUCCUCUCCCUUUGCAUCCCCCCAGCACACACCUUACGCUACUGUCCAUGCUGGAGACUCCAAACUACGACAAGCAUUUGAAGCUGUGUUAAGAAAAACAAGCUUAAGGAAAAUGGAUGAAAGAAGCAGCCAUAGCAGUCAGAAUGUGAAUUUUGGUAAUCCCAAAAAGGUGUCCAUGCCAAUGGAGCGAAUGGUGGAGAUGACCUUAGAGGAGCAGCGCCGGUGGGAGGAGGAAGAGCUCAACAAGGAGGUGGACUUCAGCAAGUGCCAUAUUGAUCCUGCACCUUUCCAACUUGUUGAGAGAACAUCUCUUCUGAAGGUCCACUCAUUGUUCUCCAUGCUGGGUCUUAAUCAUGCCUAUGUCACAGCCAUUGGCAGGAUCAUUGGUGUUGUGGCACUGAAGGAGUUAAGAAAAGCAGUUGAAUCAACCAACUCGGGCGACUUCGUCAAGCCCAGGAGAAAUAGGGGUGUUGGGGGCACUUUCAGGGAAAAGUUUUUGAGGCCCACAAUACGAAGAAAGCUGCGGAAAGCCAUAGAGGAAACAAACUCGGGUGACUUUCCAAAGGCUGACACAGGACCAGCUGCAUCCUCUACAGGAACCAACGACACCAACGGUCCCACAAGAACCUCUAAAACAACAGAGUUUAAGGACUGAGAAACACAAGAAAAAUAAAUAAUCCCCUGUACUGUACAAACAUACAAGUGUUAUACAGUAUGUGUAAAUUUUGUGGAUUUGUCAAUAAACAUGUGAGUUUAG